CCAUUCCAACAAACUCAACAGACAAUCGGUGGAAGUGGUUUAAGAAUUGUUUUGGUGCUCUAGAUGGGACAUACAUCAGGGUUAAGGUGCCAAGUGUAGAUAAACCUAGAUAUCGCACUUGUAAAUGGGAUAUUGCAACAAAUAUAUUAGGUGUAUGUACACUUGACAUGCAGUUUGUCUUUGUUCUUCCUGGUUGGGAAUGGUCUGUAACUGAUGGCAGAGUUCUUCGAGGUGCACUAAGGAGAAGAAAUAGACUUAAAGUGUCUCAUGGUUGUUACUAUUUAGUUGAUGCGGGCUAUACAAAUUGUGAGAGCUUUCUUGCACCUUUUAAGGGUCAACAAUAUCAUUUGAAUGAAUGGCGUCAAGGACAUGAACCAAGCAGUCCUGAAGAAUUUUUUAAUAUGAAACAUGCUGCUGCUCGCAAUGUUAUAGAGAUGUGUUUUGGGUUGUUGAAAAUGAGGUGGGGUAUCUUUAGGAGUCCAUCAUUUUAUCUGAUUAGGAUACAUAACAAGUCUUUAUACUUUUAUUUCGUUUAA